GAGAUCAAAUGAACUGAUGCAAUUAUAGCUUCAUUUACGAAAGUUUUGAGGCUUCGGCCUCCUAAGAGCCCUACCGAUCAACCUCCAUCACCAACUUUGAGGACAUGUCACCAAGUCAACCCCCCUACACUACGGCCCUCCUCGCCGGCGGCUUGGCCGGAACCACCGUCGACCUCUCCCUCUACCCUCUCGACACCCUCAAGACCCGACUCCAAUCCGCAGCCGGCUUCUUUCCAUCAGGCGGCUUCCGAGGCAUCUACCGCGGCAUAGGUUCAGCCGUUGUUGGCUCUGCACCAGGUGCAGCCUUCUUCUUCUGUACUUAUGAAGGCGUCAAGAAUGUCCUGGCCACGCGGCGGCAGAACGCCUUAACCCCCCUGACGCCUGAAGAACUGAUACAUGGUCGGAAACGGGAAGCCCAAGGUUGGGUGGCGCCGCUGGAACACAUGGUGGCUGCGAGUUCGGGGGAGGUGGCGGCGUGCGCGGUGCGGGUGCCCACCGAGGUUGUCAAGCAGAGAGCACAGGCGGGACUACACGGUGGAUCGAGUGCGGCUGCGUUCGGCGCGAUACUAGGGCAGUACCGAACCAUUGGCUUGACCGGCGUGUGGAGGGAGCUCUACCGGGGCUGGGGCAUUACCGUCAUGCGCGAGGUGCCGUUUACCGUGAUCCAGUUCCCGUUGUGGGAGGCGUUGAAGGGCUGGGGGCGCAGGCGGAAGGGGGAUGGACUCGAUGUCAGCGCUGGCGAAAGUGCCUUGUACGGAAGCAUAUCGGGGGCAACGGCUGCGGGAAUCACGACACCGCUCGACGUGCUAAAGACGCGCGUUAUGCUGUCUAAGGAGAGGGAAGGCGUCAUACCCAUUGUGAGGGAAAUACUCAAGAUGCAUGGCAUACGACCCUUCUUUGCCGGCAUUGGGCCGCGCAUCAUGUGGAUCAGUGCGGGAGGAGCCAUCUUUCUGGGCAGCUACCAGUGGGCCGUGAAUGCAAUGUAGGCAAUAUUUCAUGACCGUCGUGGUGAGACUGUGUGAAUCAGAAGCCAAAGAGGCUGGCUACCUAGGGGAUACGCCGGCUCCAUGUGUACUGCCUGUUAGAUAGCACGAAGGCAUGGGUGGAUUUUUUGUAGAACAAUAAUACCCUCUCAUAUUGGCCACA